AGAGCACAGUUGGUUGUAAUACGUUACGGGGAUAAAACAUAUACGUCGUGCGCAUCUUCCGGUGAAUUCAUAUGAGAAUAUGGCGGACGUCCGGUCUUCUGGACAAACAGGCUCGCUCGCAGUUUCUCACCUUCUUCUUCUAUCACACGAGACCGCGUUUCGACGCAUAAUUAAGAUUUCCGUCUCGUCGGAUUCUAAGCAAAUCAUUGAAAUAAUUCGAUCCUAAGCCUUUUAAAUUGAAUACAUGUACAUGUAACACAGAGUGUCUCUAAUAAUCUUUGUAAAAAAUUGGUGUCUGUUACUCGAGCAAGUGAACAGCAUGUUUCUCCGAGUAUGCUGUAGUGGUUGCAAAGACAGAACAUUGUAAAUAAUAGAGGAGACUCUAUUCAGAAGUGAUUAAAAUAUUCUUGGACAAGAAUUAGUUUGGCGUAGACCAGAUGCUGUCAGUAUUGGUCACCGAGCAGCGAUGCAACAGGAUAUUUGCGUCGCAUAAAAUGUUAAUGCCUCUUUCAUAGAACGAUAGCACUUUAUCACAUUCGAACAUACGAGCCGCCGAGCCAACUGUAGCAAUUGCAUCGAUAUCUCUAUGACGACCGAUGUGCCAAUAAUAAGUUCGAUGCAAUAACAAACAUUCCAGUUACGAUGGACUGUUAGAAUCGUGCACGACUGCCACUUGGUUCGUGUAUAUCGUCUGUUACGCUCGACGAGUCAUUUUCGGCGAGUCGUCGGUUGAUGCAAACUGCUGCGGAUUGUCCGAUUCGGUUGACGGAUCGAACAACGGUAUGGAUUAUCAUAUCGAAAUAAUUAAUAAGGAUGACAAACUGAGGGUGCUGAAGUUCCUGAGGAGAUUCUUCUUUAGAGAUGAACCGCUCAAUCAGAGCAUCCAAUUAAUUCCGGAGGGUGAGGACAGUACAUGCACAGAACUGGAAGACUAUUGCAGUCACUCCUCGUUCGAAAAUAACUUGAGUCUAAUGGCAGUCUCUACGAGUGGUGCAAUUAUCGGAGUUCUGCUCAAUGGCAAAAUGGCUCCUUUGUCAAACGAAGAACCAGAAUACAUACGAUUGUGUAAAAAUGCGAAAUUUAAGAAGAUAUUAAAAUUAUUGCACCAAUUAGACAAAGGUGUAAUCGUCGGUGGACAAUUUCGGGAUUCCAACGUUUUGGAGAUCAGAAUAGUUUCAGUGGACACAAAUUGGAGAGGAAAAGGUGUCGCAAAAGCUCUUAUAGAAAAGAUAGAAGAAAUCGCAAAGCAGCAAGGAUUUCAUUAUCUCAGGGCAGACUGUACGUCCUUUUUCUCUAGUAAGAUAUGCGAGCGACUUGGCUUCGAGCAGAUAUACAAGCUUAAUUAUAGCGACUAUGUGGAUGAAAAUGAAAAACCAAUCUUUUCACCCGCGUCACCUCACGUAGAGGCUCUCACAUAUGCAAAGAAAUUAUAAGAAUAAAGUUAAAAGAUGAAAUUGAAGAGAAAUAUCUCGAAUGAAUGAGAGGUUGACGUGAAGAAUGACAAAGAAAUAAGAUGUUAUAUUAAAAAUGUAUAGCGAUUUGCAUUACAAAAAGAACAAUAAAUGAAACAUUUUAUAUUACUGUAUAAUACACGUAUAAAUUGUAUAUUAUUAUAUAAGUGUAAUACUAAACCACUGUAAAUAUAGUAACUAUUUCGAAAAAUUCUAUUAGAAGACAGUAUAGAUAUGUCUAUGCAAAUAAUUAUUAUAUUGACGCAAAUGUAUUAUAUAUCGCCAAUAUGUGCGUGUAUAUAAUUUAAAAUUGUAAAUGUAAAGAAUGUAAUUCAUUUUUGUCUAUUUAGUAACAUCCAAAAUUUAUUGUCAAAUAUACGUGAAAUAUUGUGUUAUUUUA